CCGCCCCUUUCCCCUCCAGUCGUGUGUGUGUGUGUGCUGAUCGGAGGGGAGAUGAUGAUCUGCUGCCCCCAGACAUGCCUGAUCCUUCCCACUGGUUUACCAUGGCUGCCCGGAGCAACGAUUGGCUCCCCCACCUCCUAAUCCCUUCUCUGCCAGGCUGCAUGGCACCCCUGUAACCCCUCCCCCCCCUGCAGCUGGCACACUUUGCACACACAUAGGAUGAGCUGGUGACUGGCACCAUUGGGAUAUCACAGCCAAGCAGUGUCUGUGUGCCACCCCAUCUCCUCUCCACCCUGUGCCCCUCUGCUGCCAGCCCUGGGGGGCAGUGCCUUGCUUGCCAACCCCACCACCAUGACUUUAUCACAACUUCUGCAGAUUUUUUUUGAUUUUUUUCACUAUCCAGAUGGCAAUAUUUUAUUUUAUAUGCAGAUUUUUUUUUUUUUUUUUUGAUCUGUUAAAAUAAUCCAAUAAAUGUCUGGUGAGCUUUCCUUCUGGAUCUUUAAUUCUCUGGUGACUACACUGCCUAACAUUCCUGUCUCUUCCUUUCCGGGGGUCACCCGGCUCCUGCUGCUGCUGGAUUAAACUUUGACUGAUAUUGGCAUUGACUUUAAUACAGACCUGAACUACUCCUGGUUGUACCUACCUCUGUGCCCACCACAGCAGCCAGGAGUAUUACUAAGCAUGCCAGUGAGGAAGAAAGAUACAGAGCGAGCGUUGUCACUACUAGAGGAUUACUGCAGCAAGUUACAGGACCCAAGUGAGAGGCAGCUACGCCUGGCCAUUGAGAAGGUCAUCUCUAUGUUCAAAAGCCACUUAUUCCAAGCAUUGAUAGACAUACAGGAGUUUUAUGAAGUCACGUUGCUCAGCUCCCACAUCGACUAUGAAGAAAAAAUCUCCGAACUGAAUCAUGUAGCUGAAUUAUGGGAGAAGAACAAUUCUUCAUCUGGCUGUCCGGAGAGCUUACAGCAAGCCUCAGAGCUGGAAGCUCUCAAUAGCUCCAAUGAAUACACAACGAGUGAAGAUCCAAAUACAGAGAAUAAUGCAUCUGACUCCACUGCUGCAAAGAGACCGAAAUACCGCUAUCAAGAUGAGGACACCCCUCCACACGAUCACUCAUUGCCAAGACUCACCCAUGAUAUCAAGGGCCCGGAGCUCGUCCACGUGUCCGAGAAGAACUUAUCACAAAUAGAAAAUGUCCACGGUUAUGUCAUGCAGUCGCAUAUAUCCCCUCUCAAGGCCAGCCCCGCUCCGAUAAUUGUGAACACGGACACCUUGGACACCAUCCCCUAUGUUAGCUAUACUCCAUUCCAUGAAAACACGCUCAACGGGUCGGAAAUUGAAUAUGAAUUUGAAGAAAUUACAUUGGAACGGGGAAAUGCUGGCCUUGGAUUUAGCAUUGCCGGAGGUAUAGAUAAUCCUCACGUAGGAGAUGACCCAGGCAUUUUUAUUACCAAGAUCAUCCCAGGAGGGGCAGCAGCAGAAGAUGGCAGACUCAGGGUCAAUGACUGUAUUCUCCGAGUGAAUGAAGUGGAUGUCUCGGAGGUGUCACACAGCAGAGCUGUAGAAGCACUAAAAGAAGCCGGUUCCAUUGUUCGUCUAUAUGUACGCAGAAGAAGACCCAUCCUUGAAACUGUUGUAGAGAUUAAACUUUUUAAAGGACCAAAAGGUUUGGGUUUCAGUAUCGCGGGAGGAGUUGGAAACCAGCACAUUCCAGGGGACAAUAGUAUUUAUGUAACCAAAAUUAUCGAAGGAGGAGCAGCACAAAAAGAUGGCCGCCUACAAGUCGGGGAUAGGUUGCUGAUGGUUAAUAAUUACAGUUUAGAAGAAGUGACACAUGAAGAAGCUGUAGCCAUUCUGAAGAACACGUCAGAUGUAGUUUACAUAAAAGUAGGGAAACCCACAACAAUAUAUAUGACGGAUCCUUACGGACCUCCAGAUAUCACUCAUUCAUAUUCUCCUCCUCUGGAAAGUCACAUCCUCAGCAGCGCUAACAAUGGCACACUGGAAUACAAGAGUCCUCUGACGCCACUCUCUCCAGGAAGAUAUUCUCCUAUCCCAAAGCACAUGCUUGUGGAGGAUGACUACACCAGGUCUCUGGAGCCGGUUUACAGCACUGUAAAUAAACUAGGUGACAAACCUUCAUCUCCGAGACAAUAUUCCCCCAUAGAAUGUGACAACAGCUUCCUACUCACAUCUCCGUAUCCUCAUUUCCAUGGAGGCCUUCUUCCUGAGUGUGAAAUUUCCAGGGAACCUCGUAAAGUCAUAUUGCACAAAGGCUCCACGGGGCUGGGCUUUAAUAUUGUUGGAGGAGAAGAUGGGGAAGGAAUUUUCAUCUCGUUCAUUCUAGCGGGAGGACCAGCAGACCUCAGCGGGGAACUCCAGAGAGGAGACCAGAUAAUAUCAGUUAACGGAAUUGAUCUCCGUGGUGCUACUCAUGAACAAGCUGCAGCUGCCUUAAAAGGUGCAGGUCAGACGGUGACAAUGGUAGCACAAUACCAACCAGAAGAGUACGCUCGAUUUGAGGCAAAAAUCCAUGACCUGCGUGAACAGAUGAUGAAUCACAGCAUGAGUUCCGGCUCUGGCUCCCUCAGAACAAACCAGAAGCGUUCACUCUACGUACGAGCCAUGUUUGACUAUGACAGAAGCAAAGACAGCGGACUCCCCAGCCAAGGCCUGAGCUUUAGGUUCGGAGACAUCCUACAUGUCAUCAAUGCCUCUGAUGACGAAUGGUGGCAGGCCAAGAGAGUCAUGCAAGAUGGAGACAGCGAGGAGAUGGGCGUCAUACCCAGUAAACGAAGGGUUGAAAGAAGAGAGAGAGCGCGGUUGAAGACUGUGAAAUUUAAUGCAAAGCCUGGAGUCAUUGAUUCUAAAGGGUCAUUCAAUGACAAGCGUAAAAAGAACCUCAUCUUUUCACGAAAAUUCCCAUUCUACAAGAACAAGGAGCAGAGCGAUCAAGAAACAAGUGACCCUGAACGAGGACAAGAAGACUGUAUUCUAUCCUAUGAGCCAGUGACAAGACAGGAGAUUAAUUACACCAGGCCGGUCAUUAUUCUUGGCCCUAUGAAAGAUCGGAUCAAUGACGACCUGAUAUCCGAAUUCCCUGACAAGUUUGGCUCAUGUGUACCACAUACGACGAGAGCAAAGAGAGACUACGAGGUGGACGGUAGAGACUACCACUUUGUCAUGUCCAGGGAACAGAUGGAAAAGGACAUCCAGGAGCACAAAUUCAUAGAGGCCGGGCAAUACAAUGACAAUCUUUAUGGAACCAGUGUACAGUCUGUAAAGUUUGUAGCAGAAAGGGGGAAGCACUGCAUUCUAGACGUAUCAGGAAACGCUAUCAAGCGAUUACAAGUAGCACAACUAUAUCCAAUAGCGAUCUUCAUAAAGCCGAAAUCUGUGGAAUCAUUAAUGGAAAUCAGCAAACGUCUGACAGAAGAACAAGCCAGGAAAACCUACGACCGCGCACUAAAAUUAGAACAGGAGUUUGCCGAGUUUUUUACAGCAAUCGUCCAAGGAGACACUUUGGAUGACAUAUAUAACUCAUGCAAACUGGUAAUUGAGGAACAGUCUGGUCCUUACAUCUGGAUACCUUCGAAGGAGAAGUUAUAAUAUAGCAAUUAACAAUAAAUCAUUAGAUGGAACUCCAAGAAUUACCUUAAUUGUUUGUUUGUUUUUGGGAUCUUUCUUCUUCUUUUUUCAAAAUUUGUUAUCUUGUAAUUAAAUUUUUGCGGCCCGUGAAAUUUCAAUGAAUGUACAACAGGAAGGAGACGAGGGAUGCAUGGCCUUCAGUGGAUAACAGCAAGACGGGAACAAGUUCAUAACUGUUGAGGUGGCACCAGCUAUGUUUUUGGGCAACAAGUACUUGCCAACAUCUUGGUACUUGCCAAAUGCCAAUCCCUCUGUCUCUACCGGAAUUUACCAACACUAAACAAAUUUCUUCCUCAACGUCUUGCCCAUCCAACAUCGCAUUCUUCAGGUUUUUUUUCCUUAUUGGCUGUCGGCAUGGAACACAACAGAAGAACGGAACUGACUUUUCAUUGUUGUAGCUAAGCUUGAUGCCUGGGGUUGAUAAAAUAAUUAUAUCUAAGACCAGCCUUUAGCUUCUUCUGAGAUACACAUACAGACAAAUAUCUCAAUGCAUUCCGUACAAAAAUGGCCGCUAAGUCUAGCGACAUAAAAAUACCAGAAGACUUUAACAAAUUGGUUAUCUAAAAAAAAAAAAAAAAACGUUUACCUAAUUAAAAAAAAAAAGUAAAAAAAAUGGACAGCAUGAUUAAUAUAAGAAAUAUCAUUUACAAAGAGUUUGUUUCUUGUUGUCUUUGUGUUCAAUGUUGGAUCUUGUUUACAGAAAACUUUGUGUUUUUUUUUGUUUUUUUUUAGCUGUUUCUUUAUGCAGUUACAGGUGAAAGACAUGAACAAAAAUUUGAC